AUGAUCGCCCCUGCUCCCGGAGUCAAUUCCAACACCGGCUCUGGUCCCUCCGUGGAGAACGACUCCUCGAAUCCCUCUGGCUCCAACACCCAAGGCUCUGGAUCCGGCGGCUCGACGAAUUCGAACCCGACGAACUCGAACUCUAACUCUAACUCCGAUGACACCACCCCACAUCCAACAAUAACUCCAACGGCAACAACGGCAACAACGGCAACAAACGGUAAUUCCCGCAUAGACGCCCUCACGGUAACACCUUCGUCGCCACCGUCACCGUUACCCCUGCUGCUGCUGAUGGUGUUGUAUCAUCUAACGUGGGAGGAGGAUUGA